AUGAAUCGUUUCUUACUCGACUCAAUUUUAUCAAAAAUUGAAGAUCAUUUAAUAUGUUCAUUUUGUCAUUAUGUACUUAUCGAACCAAAAAAGAUUUCAUGUGGUCAUCGAUAUUGUUUUUCUUGUCUUGAAAAAGUUAAAAAAACUAAACAACCAUCUAUAUGUGUUGUAAAUGAUUGUGGUCAAAUAAUCAUGAACGAUGAAAUUUGUUUCGAUUUCGAUAUAGUAAAUGAUUUAGUACAUUUGAGAAAUAUUGCUUGUCUUAAUCAAUCACAUGGAUGUUUGUGGAUAGGAAAUUAUUUAUCAUAUACAAUUCAUUUGCAAAUGUGUACAUUUGAACAUUUUCAAUGUCAAUAUUGUUCAAUAUCGUUUACUGAUCGACUUUUAUAUAAACAACAUUAUAGAACUUGUCGAAAAGCUUUAGUUUCAUGUCCAUACAAGAAGUUCGGCUGUAAUGUUGAGAUUCAUCAAGAAGCUCUCGAUUAUCAUAUUCUAAUGUCAUCAGUUAAACAUUUACAAUUAGUUAAUAAUUUCAUUUCAUCUUUUGAAAAUCAAUCAUUAACAACUUGUCUACAAUCAUUAUCUACAUUUUCUCAUAUAACAUCGACAACAGAAAAUUCAAAUAUUCAAUUGUUAGAAAAAGAAGUUGUUGAACAAGCUAAGAUAAUUGAAGAAUUACAUUUAGAAGAAAAAUUUCUUCAUUCAAAUAACAAUAAAUUUGAACAAAUUACACGAAAUUUAUAUGAAAGAUUUAAUGUAGAAUCAUCUGAAGAUGAAUUAAAUGAAACACGAAAAGAACAUGCAUUAUCAAGUUUAUUUAAUUCUAACAAUAAAACAUAUUUAUGGUAUAUUGAUCAUAUUGAAGAAUUAUUAAAAAAUACAAAACAACCUUCUGAACCAUUAUGUAUUACUUCACCUUCAUUUAAUAGUUCAAUAUAUGAUUAUAAAGUUAUUUUAAAAUUAUACUUGAAUAGUGAUCAAAUAGCAGAAAAUACACAUUUAUCAUUAGAUGUAAUUGUAAUGUGUGAUAAUAAUGAUUCAUUAAUAAAAUGGCCAUUUUAUUAUGAAAUUAUAUUAUGUUUAUUUGAUACAAGUUGCAAAAAUGAACAUGUAAUUCAUAUAUUGACGACACCAGAUAUUGAUAAUCAAUUUAAUCAAAAGUCACAAAAGAAUGAAAAUUUAAAUUUUACAAUAUCAAAAUUUUGUCCAUUAUGGAAAUUAUUUCAUAAAGAAUUUGGUUAUAGUGAUCAUGAUGCAUUGUCAAUUAUGGCCUUAGUCAAUAUUGAUUUUGAUAAAAUAGCUAUUCGACAAUCAGAUAAUUAA